ACGAGAUAAGAGUGAGCAACAAUCUGAACCAGCAGCACCAGUAUGCGAAAUGUUUCAUGAUUAAGCGAAGGUUUGGCUACUCGCUUCCGACGUAAUGAUCUGACUGAACCUCUAAAAUCUGUCAUUGCUGCAAGGCAAAAUGUCUCCAGGCGCAAGACAUUGAAUGGAGUUGACAAGUCAAGCCUGGAGAGGAAGAUGGACUUCUUAUUGGUAGUGGUGUAGGCUAUGAGUGUGGAUGAUGGAGGACAAUCAAUGUGGGGACUUGGACUACCUGAUCCAAGAUGAGGACACCCUCAUUGAGGGUGUCAGCAACCAGGUCUUGUUUGUUGUGGUGCUCAGUGUCACCUUCCUUGCAGGCCUCCUCACUCUGCUCUGCAGACAAGAGGAGCAGAACAUUCAUCCAGAGAAUCAGGAGCAUGUUCGAGCCGUUCGACAACAGCUCCAAACAGAGCAGGAUGAAAAUUCUCAGGCGGAGACCAGGCAGCAGUAUUACACAGACAUGUCUUGUCCUGUGUGUUUACAACAGGCUGUUCUGCCAGUGGAAACCAAUUGUGGACACCUUUUCUGUGGCUCCUGCAUUAUAGCUUACUGGAGGUAUGGCACCUGGCUGGGUGCUAUCAACUGCCCCAUCUGCAGACAAAUGGUAACGUUGCUCUUCCCACUAUUUCAUGAGCACGCCACUCCUCAGAGGGUCCAGGAUGGCGAUGCAGAACCUCUGCUGAUAUUAAGAGACAUUAAUGAUUACAACCGCAGGUUCUCAGGCCAGCCGAGAUCUUUAAUGGACAGGCUGCGAGAUGUGCCCACCCUGCUGCGUCAUGCCUUUAGGGAGAUGUUUUCCGUGGGCGGCCUCUUCUGGAUGUUCAGGAUUCGAAUUCUCCUCUGCCUGGUUGGUGCACUCACCUACCUGGCCUCGCCGCUCGACAUCCUCCCCGAGGCACUUUUCGGCCUCCUGGGAUUCAUGGACGAUUUCUUUGUGAUCCUACUCCUCUUUGUGUACAUCUCCAUCAUGUACAGAGAGGUGGUCACACAGAGACUGAAUGGCUAGGCGCUCACUCAUAAAAGAGGCCUCAGCUUGCUCCCAUCAGGCUCGGGAAGAGGUGAACGCAGCAUCCGAGGUGGACAUGUAAAGUCUGAAUAAUUGCACAAAGGACAGUUGCUCAAGCAUGCUGGUUCUCUCGGGGAAGUUUGCUUUGAAGCCUGACAUGUUACUUCAUCACAGGAGAGGGGUUUGCAUAAUGUUCACCUCUGAAUGUUGACUCUGUAUAUAGAAUUCAGCAUUUAUGGUUCAGAGGCUGAAUGAGGUCACUAUCAACAACAGUACAGCAAAAUUAAAGGGAUGUGAUAUUGUGUAUAUAUAGCUACUCUGACGCAGACAGGGCAAUCUUUUCAGUCCAUUCAGACACUUGAGGGACAUCCCUGACUGAAUGAGUAAUGCUACUACCAGCCAAUUCCAGCAGCAUUGCCAGAAGUCAGUCAUUUGUCUAACAUGCAUAUCAUCAUAAUGGAGACAAGUAUGUAAUAUAACGUGACUUUGAAUGUACCGUAUUGAUGGCAGUGUCUUUGAUAUGUAUGCAUUUAAAGUUGGCUGUCUGCAUCUGGAUUGUUUUGCGUGAGACAAAUGUGUAUUUCUGGAACCGUCUUACUGUAGCUAUCACAGCCUGCUUGUAAGUGACCUGUGACUAUGCACAUUCACAAUGACUUGAAAAACGCAGCUUUUCAUGUUUGUGUGAAAAUCGCUGAGUCAUUUUACCUCCAGCGGUUGACAUUUAUUGAUGAAACCUGAUGAAGUCUGGACCUUGCUGCAUGCAUCCACGCGAGCUGCAGGCGCACAGGACACCGUGAGCGCUGCAAUCGUAACUUCUCAUUUAAUUCAAGAAAUAAAAGCAGUAAUCCCUUGAUCGUAAAAGGAAGCCAAACCAAAGGGGCUCAACGUUUGCUCUCAUCUCUAAGUUUACUUAAAUUCUAAUAAUUGGGAGUUUGGAUGUUUGUCUCCUGUGCAGAUCUUACAGCACUAAUCAGACGGAAAAAGCACAAGACAAAGCUUUUCAAAUUCUUCAGUUAAUUUUUAUAUCUGUAAGUAAAUAAAAAAAAUAAUAUUUAAA